GACAUUUGAUACCAAUAAUAGCCCGGUGCAACUUAGCAGACCUGAGAAACUAUUCAAAGCAAAAUGGAGGGCAGUUCUAUACUCCAGGCUUUCACUAACAUUUAUUUUGCCAUUUUUGCUUUGUUUUGCUUCAAACUUUUAAUUAAGAUUUCCUUGGCUCUGCUGACUCAUUUCUAUAUUGUUAAAGGCAACAGAAAAGAGGCUGCCAGGAUAGCAGAAGAGAUCUAUGGAAUAGUCCCAGGCAGCUGGGCGGACAGAUCCCCUCUGCACGAUGCUGCCUUCCAAGGACGCCUCCUGUCUUUGAAAACCUUGAUUGCACAGGGUUUCAAUGUGAACCUGGUGACAACAGAUCGAGUCUCGGCUCUUCACGAAGCCUGUCUGGGUGGCCAUGUGGCCUGUGCAAAGCUGCUGCUGGAGAACGGCGCACACGUCAACGCAGUCACCAUUGAUGGAAUCACUCCUCUCUUUAAUGCCUGCUGCAGUGGCUCUGUGGCUUGUGUAAACAUGCUGCUCGAAUUUGGAGCCAAGCCACAGGUCGGGAACCACCUUGCUUCACCCAUUCAUGAGGCAGUCAAGAGAGGACACCGAGAGUGCAUGGAAGUUCUUCUGGCUCAUGGGGUUGACAUUGACCAAGAAGACCUGCAUUAUGGGACCCUGCUGUAUGUUGCUUGCAUGUACCAGAGGACAGACUGUGUCAAGAAGCUGUUGGAACUUGGAGCCAAUGUCAAUGCGGGGAAGCUACUAGACACUCCUCUCCAUGCAGCAGCAAGGAAAUCCAGUGCAGAGAUAGUCAUCUUGCUGGCAGACUAUGGUGCUAACCUGAAAUGCAGAAAUGCUGAAUUCAAAUGUGCCCUGGACCUUGCCAUACCCAACAGCAAAGUGGAGCAGGCACUUCUACUUUGUGAAGGCCCUGCCAGCCUUGCCCAGCUGUGCCGAUUGUGUAUCAGAAAGCAUCUGGGUCGAUCGUGCCUAUAUGCAGUUCAUAAGCUGCACCUGCCUGAGCCGCUUGAAAACUUUCUCCUACACCGAUAAGCCCGUGACUAUCUUUACACUGGAAAAGAAAGAGGAGCAAAUGGUUGCGUACUCCAAAAUUAUUAUAUCAAAGAAAAAAAACCAAAGACAUCAUUUACUGUCUACUCUGGGUACCAAACAUUGCUGCAGAUUGUGUACAUUGAAGCCAAUGGAAAACACCUUUUCACAGACACUGAAUGGUGGGUGUGGCUACAGCUCCCCCAUAGUUUAUUGCCACAUCUAUUUUUACUAAACUAAGAAGUCAUAAUAUAUGAACAACUCAAUCAAUAUGUUUGUAGAUAGACGUGCAGUCAUCCAUCCACAGACACACACACAGGAUUUCCCCUGCAAUUAGUGUUGUUGAAUGAUUAUAGGUGAUUUUUUUUUUCCUUUAAUAUCUGUGCAGCUUCUUCCACUUAAUUCUAAAAAGCUCACUGUCAAAAUUAAGGCUGUUAUUCUUCCAGUAGUGUGGGAAUGAAAACGUAAUUAACGUUAGGCAUAUUUAUGUACUGCACAUCUUUUGUCCUCUUUGACUUUGCUUCCUGACAACUCUUUCCCAUGCUCUAGUAGAGUCUAGUGACUUUUAGCAGGCUCUGGCUGUCUAGAUGUCCCAUCACCUGAGCCCAUCUGCCCUCAACACUAAUCCAUAUUCUCCUCCAAGACUCCAAGAUGAGAGUGAUGUUACCAAAUCAGGUCUGGUGGCUUGGAGUAAG